UUCUUGCAAUCGACCCUGCCCAAAUCAGAACUAAUAUAGAAUUGUCGGCGUCACCAGCCCCAAUCCAUUUCCGCCGCCUCGAAGAACACAGUUACACCACGAACACCGCCGGAAUCCGUCCGAUAAAUCGCCGCAUAUAUUGCCGCUCCGGCGGAUUAAUUGCUUUUUUUAGAUUCUGGAACACUCCAGCCGCUAUAUGCCUGAACUUUGUCGCGGUGGCCUCCGUUCCGGUUCCAUUAACCCAUUCCGGCCGCUAUAGCUGCGUUCCGGUGAACCAUGGAAUUUUGGAGGAGACAUAAGAGAAAAGUGUAUAUUACACUUGGGGUUUGUGGGAGUGGGUAUCUACUGUUCAAAUCCUACGAUGCUUGGAGGCGUAGGAUCGGUGAUCUCAAGAAACAACUCGCGGAUGAUAAGGAAGAGGGUGAACUCCUUAAAGCCCAAGUCCGAACUCAUUUUGAGAACAUUCAGCGAACAAUGGAUUCCAUAAUACUUCCAAAAGUAAUGGAUACAUUAGAUAAGCGAUUAGCCGAGAACUUGGACCUUACGCUCUUGUUGGAUAGAUUAAUGCAAGGGAAGGGUCAACCGAACACUUUAACUGCGAACGAGAAACAUGAGUUGUGGGAUAGACUCAAAUGUCUGAGUUUUACAAAAUUGGUGUCAUCUCUUUGGUCAAUGACUAUGCUGAGCCUCUAUCUUAGGGUACAAGUCAACAUAUUGGGGAGACAUCUAUUUAUUAAUACAGCACGUGGUCUUGGAAUUUCUCAGCUGCUCGAUGAAGCUGAACUAAUUGACAAAAAUGAUGAAGAGCAGUUUAUGGACUCUGCUUAUUACCUUUCCAAUUAUGGCCUGCCUGCCUUGUUAGCUAAUGCAGAGGCAGCAACGUCGGAAGUCCUCAAGGGAAAGCAACUGAAGGAUUACUUCAAUGUUUCGACACUUCAUGAUGCGAUUAUUCAGAUAAUGGACACUUUAAUGAUCAUGCGAAGCCCUCAUUACUGGGUGGGUUAUUUGAUGCCUGAAGAUUACUCUGAUCGUUCUCGUGCUACGAAAUUUGAUUUACUUAUGGGAGAAACACGUGCAGUGUUAUUAAGCGCUGAAUUUGCCAACAUCGUUGACAUAUCACUUGGGGCGGUGGUGAAGCGAGUGUUGAAAGAUGUAAGCAUCAGUUGUGGAGAAAACAAUUUAAUGUCUGGGAUCCCACUAGCUAGAGUUAUACCAAGAAUAGCUCAUAUAUCGGACUCGCUUAUCGGAGAAGAUAAUAGAUUUAGGUAUAUCCGAAUUACCCGAAGCAUACCGGAAGUUGAACAAUUCUUUACCCUUUUAUACUCUAGCACACCAGUCUAAUAUUAGUCUACAACAACUAUUGUUUCUCUACUCUGUGGAACUUGAAAAUGUGAACGUUGAUCUGCAAGGCUUCAGGAGAGAAUAAGGUAGAUAGAGUAUCUUUGUAUUCUUGUAGUUUUACUCUCCAAAAUGUUUUUGAUUGUGUUUCUUAUUUGAUUCAGUUCAGUUUCUUAUUAGAAACAAUGCCGACGAGCUUCGUAAGGUUGUCGUUAUCUCAGACAGCUUGGUUUUUUUUUUUUUUUUUUUUUUUCCUCUUUCUAUUUUUUCACCGAAAUCUUUUAAGUUGUAAAUAGGUCUCUGUGGUGGUUAUUGGAUUGUUGUUUUCAAAUAAAGUGCGUACUUAUUCCAUU